AUGACUCCACCUAUUCCUCGAGAUAUACUUGCCGAAAUCUUUUCAUACUUACAAGAUCCACAUCACAUGCAUGAUGACAAAUUUACCUUGUAUUCUUGCAUGAAUGUUAAUAAAUCUUGGUGCGAGAUCGCGGUUCGUUAUUUAUGGAGUGACACCGCGAAUUUUAUCUCACAUCCUAAAGCAAUCAUCAUUUUAUUAUCUUUUAUCCCCAAUAAAUCAAAGGAACUCUUACUUCAAAGCGGUAUUUCCAUUAAAAAUUUAUCUAGACCACCACUAUUUAAUUACCCCAUAUUCUGCAAAACAUUGACAAUUUCACAUGUCGGUUACUUUUGGAAAUCUGAAGAAGAACCAGAUAUUAUUGAUCAUAAUUAUAAAGUACACUUAAUCACACAAGAAUUAUAUAAACUUUUUAUCUCCAAAAGUCCAAUAAUCAAACGACUUACACUUCUCACACAUUCAAUUCAUCUGACUCACUUCUCCGGCGCAAUUUCGAGUCUUUCCCAGCUUGUAGAAUUCGUUUGCGAUACAAAUUUAUCUCAUGAUGCUUUCUAUGGUAUGGCUCAAAUUUGUAAACACCUAAAAAAAUUAAUUGUAAAACAGUACCACGAGGACAAUCAGGCAUUGUCCAAACUUAUAAAGUCACAACAUAAUUUGACACACGUGGAAAUUGAUACAGAAUUUGAACGUGAUUUUAUUGAAUAUACAUUAUGUUCAAAUAAUAUUGGUCAUGCUUUAACAAAGGUGGCACAGUCAAUUAGAAAUUUGUCGUUAGGAGGCAGUCAAUCGUGCAUCUUAAUGUAUACGAUGAAACAUUUUUAUAAUUUGAAAUCUUUCAGGUUAGCUCAUUAUGGAGAUUAUGUGGAUGAGAUGCUUGAACAUAUGAAUAAAGAACAUUUUCCGGAUCUUGGAAUCUUUGAAGUGGAUUACGAAGCACCGAAAUUAUUAAAUUUAACUAGAUUUGUUUUAAACAAUAAUAUAAAUCUAGAAGAGAUAUCAUUAUACUGUUCUAUUCCACCGGAUCCAAAAAAUUCCGUAUUAUUUAAUAACGCCAUAGCACAAAAUUGCAAGAAACUUGAAUUUUUCACAUCAUUUUUUGUUGAUACAGAAUUCAAGGAUCUAAAAGAUAUUCUUAUAAAUUGCACUAAUCUAAAAGCUUUAUACAUCCGAACUGCCAAUAAUAAACUUAACGGAGACAAAUUGUUAGAAAUAUUAAAACAUUUUGCAUCACCUCAACUUUCAAGAUUGUGUGUGGGAGGGGAAUGGGAAUUUACCACAAAGAAACUAGAAGAAUUUUUAGAAUUUAUGUGGAAAAAAGAAGGACGACCGAUUUCUAUAUAUCAUCAUUAUGAAAAUAUCAUAGAUGAAGAGAAAGAAGAAGCUUUCGAAUUUACAGAAGAACAAUCAGAAAUUAUUAGUAAAUACCAAAUGUCAGAUUGUGAUUUGGAUUUAGUUAGAUUAAAAGAAAUAUUUUCGUGUGAAUGGAAUCCAUUUUAUUAUGAUUUUUCAAAAUAUUAUUAUGCUGCACAAAAUGAAUGCCCACUUUAA